AUGGCUGAGAAAGAGCAUACUGGUGCAUCUGUAUCAGCACGACAACCUAUUGGAUAUUCGGGAGGACCGUACGAUACCUCUCUUUUGGUUAAGUACGAACAUCAUAUUGCUAGACAUAUAUGGUUCAGUGAGGAGAGAGAUACGAAGAAAGAGUUGAAGGUAGCAGGACAUGGGUUGAAGCUGAUUAAGAGGGUUUCACUACACCUUCUUAGAGAGAUGGAGGGUUGGGUAUCUAGGUCUGGUAUAUCUUCACUCCAAAGAACCAGGUUGACGAAGAUAGAUACGAACCUGGUUUCCGCAUUUGCGAGAUAG